AUGGCCAGGCUCGCUGCUCUCCUUCCUUUUGUGUACUUCGCUGUGGCUAGCGCCCAGUCGACCUCGGUGAGCUGGAACAACGUGACUGGUACUUCCAGCACCACCUUCCCUACCGAUGUCGGUUUCCUCGGCCCGGUCGCUUACGCCCCUCACCCUCCGUUCCUUGCCCAGGACGACAAGCUGAACUCGACCCAGCCCUUCGGCAACUACGGUAUUGAGAUGCGCUGGCUCCCAAAGGAUGCGGACAAGAGCAACGCGACCUCGGCGGACAUCUUCCGCAACCUCGGUACCACCUCGCCGUACCACCCCGCCGAUGACCUCUUCCCCGAAACGCACGGCUACGAGGUCCUCCCUGAGCAAUGCACCGUCAAGCAGGUGCACAUCCUCCACCGUCACGGUGCCCGUAACCCCACUAGCAGCACGCACGAGGGCGCUCCUCUCUUCGGUGCUACCCUCUGGAACGCUACCAAGGCUGGCAAGUUCAACGCUUCGGGUGAGCUCGAGUUCCUGAACCACUGGAACUACACCCUCGGUGCCGAGACCCUCGUGCACCAGGGUGCCCAGGAGCUCUUUGACUCGGGUGUGAAGUUCUACUACCAGUACGGCAAGCUCCUCGAGAACCUUACCGAGCACAAGCCGGUCCUCCGCACCACCUCGCAGAGCCGUAUGCUCGACACGGCUCGCUACUGGGCUCUUGGUUUCUUCGGCUGGAAUGCUGCGGAGAAGGUGAACCUCGAGGUGCUCACCGAGUGGACCGGCCAGAACAUCACUCUUGCCCCCUACGAUGGCUGCAACAACACUAACGUGGACUCGUACUACCUUGGUGACAUCGCCAGCAGCCAGUGGCAGAAAGUCUACCUGAAGAACGCGAUUGAGCGUCUUCAGAAGCUUGUUAAAGGCAUCAAGCUGGACGAGACCCUCGUUUACGGUAUGAUGAGCAUCUGCGCGUACGAGAGCGUCGCUAUGGGCUACUCGAAGUUCUGCCCUCUCUUCACCAAGGAGGAGUUUGAGAACUACGAGUACGACAUUGACCUGCAGUUCCAGGGUGACUACGGCUUCAUGAACCCCACCGGUAAGGCUCAGGGUAUCGGCUACGUUACCGAGUUCCUCAGCCGCCUGAACAACACCAAGUUCACUGGCCCUGUCACGGACCAGAACUCGACGCUCGACAAGAGCACUACCUACUUCCCUGUCGACCAGCCCCUGUACGCCGACUUCACGCACGACGAUGUGAUCCACUCUGUUCUCACCUCGCUCAACUUCACGCAGAUUGCCGACUUCCUUCCUACUACCAAGCCGGACCCCAAGCGCCGCUACCGCUCGAGCCGCGUCACGCCCUUCGCCGCCCGUCUUGUGUUUGAGGUUCUGGAGUGCAAGGAGAACAACGCUUCUACCAAGUACAUCCGCUCCAAGAUCAACGAGGCGGUCAUCCCCAUGGACCAGGACCAGGGUUGCGAGAAGCGUCCUGACGGUCUCUGCAAGUUUGACGACUUCCUGCAGCACCAGCAGAAGAACGCCUACAAGGACGCCAAGUACGACCUUGUUUGCUUCGGCAAGAACGGAACCGACUUCACCGUGACCGGCCCUGUCCGUAACGGCACUAUCUAA